AUGGAUUCUCAGGCUGAAGGUCCUGAAGGACGUUUACUACGACAAGGUCAAAAUGAAGGAGAAGGGGAUGAGUUUCGGAGGAAUAUUAACAGGGAGAGCGAGGAUGUUGACGGCAUCGAAUCACAAUCAAGGCCAUUGCUUACACCUGUGGAAACACAUACAACGAUCAACUCCGACAAUGAAGACGGCGAAGAACCAAAGGACGGUGUGAAAUGGUGGAAGCGGCCGAGUAUACUAAUAUUAUUACCACCCUUCGUAUUAUAUGCAAUGGCUCUUGGAGCGGCUGCGGUACCUCGUGUCAAUAUGGUAUUUGCACUUAUAUGUCAAGACUAUCUCAAUCGGAAGGAACGGGAAGCGACAAAUGGAGAUUUUACACCGAUAAGGCUAGUUCUUGGGGCAGAUAACCCGGAGUGCGAGAUUCCCGAGAUUGGGGCCCGAGCUGCCACAUUUACAUUAUACAUGAAUAUCAUUACAGGGAUAUUAAGUGCGAUAACGUCGCCUCGUCUUGGUCAAUACUCCGACCGGAUCGGCCGUCGAAUGUUUUUAAUCCUUGGUUCAUUCGGCGCUUGCUUGUGUGAAGUAACUUUGAUCCUUUGCCUGAAAUACCCCGAUUAUUUCAGCUACUGGUUUCUACUUCUCGCCAGUGCCUUUGAGGGGAUUGUUGGAGCUUUCACACUCAUUCUUGCAUUGGUACAUUCUUAUGCAUCAGAUUGUACAUCCUUUGCGAAGCGUUCUUCGGCAUUCUCGCUCUUCCAUGGGUUUUUGUUCCUUGGGAUAGCAAUUGGACCCGCAAUUGGAGGGUUUGUUAUAGAGAAAACAGAUGACAUAGCCGUUGUGUUCUACGGCGUGAUAGGAGUUCAUGCGGUAUUUAUAUCGUAUAUACUAUUCAUCUUGCCCGAGUCAUUAUCGAAAGAGAAGAUGGAAUUGGCAAACGAGAAGUUUGCGGAAGAAAGGAGGAAAUCUGCAGGCUCGGUUAGUUGGCUACAGAGCGUCAUGGGGGUCGUCAACGUCUUUAAGCCACUAAAUGUGCUGUGGCCGGAGGAAGGGGGCAACUUAACAAAGAUACGAACGAACAUGAUAUUACUUGCAGCAAUCGAUUUUGUCAUGUUUGGUGUAGGGUUCGGUUCGAUGACGGUCAUACUCUUAUACUCAAAGGUUGAAUUCCAUUGGACCACGAAGUUCGCUUCCUACUUCACCAGUUUCGUCAAUGCCUCUCGAGUGAUCGGUCUAUUUGUUAUUCUUCCAUUGCUCACUCGCUUCUUCCGCAAGAAGCCGCGACCAGGGGAUCCAGUCGGUGGAUGCGACAAUCUAGACACCCUGAUAAUCCGAGGUGCUCUAUCGAUGGAGGUUCUUGGAACUCUCUUCUUCGUUGUUGCCCGCGACUCACCGUUGUUUAUGGCGGGUGGCCUCAUAGCUUCGUUCGGAGGCUUAGGGUCACCGACAAUUCAAAGUUCCCUGACAAAACAUUCGCCGUCUGAGAAAACUGGUCAAUUGCUGGGAGUUAUUGCCUUACUGCAUUCACUGGCUAGAGUUAUUGGGCCGACUGCGUUUAAUGGGAUCUAUUCGAAGACAGCGAAGACAUAUCCGCAAUCAGUAUUUGUAGUGCUCGUGGUUUUGUUCAUGAUUGCUUGGUUGGGUGCAUGGUUUAUUACGCCAUAUGUUGCGGUGGAUGGGGUAGGAGAUGAAGUUGUUGAGAGGUUGUUUGCAGAUGAAAGAGGGGAGUUAGAUGAGAGCGAGCCUCUAGUGGGGAGAAAUUAG